UUCUUUAUAUCAUGGUAAAACAUACGGGACUUAUCAUUCAUUGUUUUCAAAAUGAAGACUCUCUAUUUGAGGUCAAACCGCAGGAGCGUUGUCUACUGUUAGCAAACAUGCCUCUUGGUUUAAAACCAUGCUGUGCUAUGUGCAAAACACAAAGCUCUUCCAUGUGGAAAAAGGGAAACCAGGGGGAAAUUCUGUGUAAUAGCUGCACGGGUAAAGCUGUAAGCAGCGGCGGCUCCGGAGCUUCUGCUUCUUCCACCAUCCAACAGAAUAAUGGCGGAGGGAAACAGUCCAAACAGGAAAUUCACAGGCGCUCUGCUAGGUUACGGAGCACUAAAUACAAAGCACCGGCAUCUGAGAAGAAAGUCUCCACCAAAGGAAAGGGAAGACGACACAUAUUCAAACUGAAAAAUCCUAUAAAAGCACCAGAGUCGGUUUCAACGAUCAUCACAUCAGAGUCCAUGUUUUACAAGGGCAUCUAUUAUCAAAUAGGAGACGUCAUUAAAGUGAUAGACGAGGAUGAUGGUAAACCGUAUUACGCACAGAUUCGGGGCUUCGUCCAGGAUCAGUACUGUGAGAAAAGCGCUGCGUUAACUUGGCUGAUCCCAACACAGGCCAGUCCUCGAGAUCGAUUCGAUCCAAGCACGUACAUUGUUGGCCCUGAAGAGGACCUGCCGAGAAAAAUGGAGUACCUGGAGUUCGUCUGUCAUGCCCCGUCUGAAUACUUUAAAUCAAGGAGCUGCCCGUUCCCCACAUUACCUGUUCGCCCAGAGAAAGGCUACGUCUGGACUCAUAUAGGACCAACUCCUGCUGUGGCCAUCAAAGAGACUGUAGGGUGACGUUAAUCAUAAAAACACUCCACCUUCAGACUGAACUCAACCUUUUAUAUUCACCACUGUUUCACAAACACUGCUUUCAUGCUCUGAUUAUGAUAUUGGCCUUUAAAUAUUUUGGGAAAGUUAAAUGUACAGAAUAUUUGAGUAGAGCCUCAGAAACCCUGAUUUAUCACCGAAAACAGAAGCCACUAUAUAUAUGUAUAUAGGUCAGCCAAUGGAAACUAGAAUCUGCAAAUACAAAGUUCAUUUGUAGCCCAUUCUGAGAGUUGGUAAUAUUGUAAUAUUAUUAUCAUGCAUAAAGUCAUUCAACCCGUUUUGUACUGCCAAA